AAAUAAUAAUAAAAACAUUCUUAUUUAUGAUUUUUAUAAUAAGAUCCUCUCUUUCUGUGUAUUAUAUACAGUGACUGAAAAAAGAAAUUCCAUUGUUCUCCAAUGGCUACCUUACUUUCCCCUAUGUGCGCAGAAGCACUCUACUUCCCAAACCCAUUAUUGAAUUCCGGCUCCAGAAGCCCAUGUCGGAUCUUGAAUCGGUCCAGUAGUGCUCUGACUUUUAUGGGUCAUGGAGGCAGGAGAAAAGGCCGUGGCAGAGUCAAGGUCGCCACCAAUGAUUCUGCUUCGGUGGACGCUAUCGCUGAUGAUUAUUAUGAAGUCUUGGGCCUGCUCCCAGAUGCCACACCAGCACAGAUUAAAAAGGCUUAUUAUAAUUGCAUGAAAGCUUGUCAUCCGGAUUUGAGUGGCAAUGACGUAGAGACCAAUAAUUUCUGCAUGUUCAUUAACGAAGUCUAUGGGGUGCUCAGUGACCCCGUUCAGCGCAUGAUUUAUGAUGAAAUUCAUGGCUAUGCAUUGACUGCUAUGAACCCAUUCUUUGAUGAUUCAAGCACGAAGGAUCAUGCUUUUGUUGACGAGUUUAGCUGCAUAGGUUGUAAAAACUGCGCUAAUGUAGCUCCAGAUGUAUUUGGUAUCGAGGAUGAUUUUGGAAGAGCUAGAGUAUACAACCAAUGUGGGAAUGUAGAAUUAGUUCAGCAAGCGAUUGAGAGUUGCCCGGUUGAUUGCAUCCAUUGGACUUCUGCUGCACAGCUAUCACUGCUCGAAGAUGAAAUGCGUAGAGUAGAAAGAGUAAAUGUUGCAUUGAUGCUGUCAGGAAUGGGAUUAUCAUCAAUAGAUGUCUUCAGAAUGGCAAGUUCUCGAUGGAAUAAGAGGCAAGCAAAAGUAUUGGAACAAGCUAAAAUAAGGAUGAUGCAGCAGAAAAAUGGUAAACAGAAAAACGGUAAAGACACUGAGUCAUACUGGAGUAAUCUUUGGGGAAACGCCAAAGACUACCAAAGUUCAGAAGAAGAAGUGAAAGAGAGAGCGAAAAGAGCGGCCGCGGCAGCUCGACGUUGGAGGGAGUACUCAAGGAAGGGUGCUGAUAAACCUCCAACGUUUAAACUUCCCGAGGCAAUGUCCAACAACGAACAAAACUAACCAUUUAUUCGUGUUAGUCAUCAAGACCCUUAGUAUAUAAGUAAUUAAUUAUGAUUAUGCUAAAAUAAAACUGUGAUUGGAAUUGAUUAGUCCAUAUAGAUUCUCAUUGAAAACGAUCCCUAGCUCAACAUAUAAACCUCAGGUGUCUUGUACAAUUCAUGCUGAUAUGGGAUCUCUGUAAUUAUACAUAAUGUAUAGACAACAAUAUUGUUAGAUUUGUAAAUUGCAUAAAAUUAUAUGGGAAAUUCUACGAUAGGGGCUUGCCUUUUGUCCCCA